AAAAAAAAAGGAGAGAGAGAGGAGAGACAGGUCGCUUCCUGCUUCCAUUGGAGAAGAGGAGAGGAGAGGAGAGGAGACCGAGCCGGCGGCGGCGGCGACGAGGAGAGGGAGCUGAUCGGGCGGUCCCCCCCUUUGCCGAGGGGACGCCGGCGGCCUCCGGGUUGGGUCCACUUGGCAGCGGUGAGCGGCGGCGGGGGAUGGCGGAGGCGCGGCUGCUGCGGCGGCGGCGGCUGUGCUUGGCGGUGCCGUUCGUGUGGGUGGUGGCGGUGGCCGUGAGCCGGGUCGGCGCCAACACGGAGGGUGAUGCCCUAUAUAGUCUGCGCCAAAGUCUGAAAGAUGCUAACAAUGUGCUGCAGAGUUGGGAUCCCACUCUGGUCAAUCCAUGCACAUGGUUCCAUGUAACUUGUAACCCUGACAACAGCGUGAUCAGAGUUGAUCUUGGAAAUGCACAACUGUCAGGUGCAUUGGUUCCCCAGCUUGGGCAGUUGAAAAAUCUGCAAUAUCUGGAGCUUUACAGCAACAACAUAAGUGGGACAAUACCUAAUGAACUGGGAAACUUAACUAACUUGGUCAGUUUGGAUCUUUACCUGAACAACUUCACUGGUUUUAUUCCGGAAACCUUGGGGCAACUCUACAAGCUGCGUUUCCUUCGUCUUAACAACAACAGUCUUUCUGGUUCAAUUCCAAAAUCCUUGACCAAUAUCACUACUCUUCAAGUUCUGGAUCUCUCAAAUAACAAUCUCUCAGGAGAGGUUCCGUCUACUGGCUCCUUUUCACUCUUUACCCCUAUAAGUUUUGCUAAUAAUAAAGAUCUUUGUGGCCCGGGUACUACAAAACCCUGCCCUGGAGCUCCACCUUUUUCUCCACCACCUCCUUUCAAUCCCCCAACACCUACUGUGUCACAAGGUGACUCCAAAACUGGAGCAAUUGCUGGAGGUGUUGCUGCAGCUGCUGCAUUGCUGUUUGCGGUUCCGGCAAUUGGAUUUGCAUGGUGGCGGCGGCGUAAACCUGAAGAACACUUCUUUGAUGUCCCUGCUGAGGAGGAUCCGGAAGUGCACCUUGGCCAACUUAAGAGAUUCUCACUCCGGGAGCUUCAAGUUGCUACUGAUAACUUUAGCAAUAAGAAUAUUCUGGGAAGAGGUGGCUUUGGAAAGGUGUACAAAGGUAGACUGGCAGAUGGCUCGUUGGUAGCAGUGAAAAGAUUAAAAGAAGAACGUACCCCUGGUGGUGAGCUCCAGUUCCAAACAGAAGUUGAAAUGAUUAGCAUGGCGGUGCAUAGGAACCUGCUUCGGCUCCGUGGAUUUUGCAUGACGCCUACAGAACGGUUACUUGUCUAUCCCUACAUGGCUAAUGGGAGUGUCGCAUCACGAUUGCGAGAGCGGCAGCCAAAUGAUCCGCCGCUUGAAUGGCAAACAAGAACUCGGAUUGCGCUGGGAUCUGCCAGAGGAUUGUCCUACUUGCACGACCAUUGUGAUCCCAAGAUCAUUCAUCGUGAUGUCAAAGCUGCAAAUAUUCUGUUGGAUGAAGAUUUUGAGGCAGUCGUGGGUGACUUUGGACUGGCCAAACUUAUGGAUUACAAGGACACUCAUGUAACCACAGCUGUUCGUGGGACGAUCGGACACAUUGCUCCUGAGUACCUCUCUACUGGGAAGUCCUCUGAGAAGACUGAUGUUUUUGGCUAUGGAAUCAUGCUUCUUGAGCUCAUUACAGGACAAAGGGCAUUUGAUCUUGCUCGUCUUGCAAACGAUGAUGAUGUGAUGUUGCUCGAUUGGGUGAAAGGGCUCCUGAAAGAGAAGAAGGUGGAGAUGCUGGUGGACCCGGACCUCCAGAGCGGCUUCGUGGAGCAUGAGGUGGAGUCACUCAUCCAGGUGGCUCUGCUCUGCACGCAGGGCUCCCCGAUGGACCGGCCCAAGAUGUCGGAGGUGGUGAGGAUGCUGGAGGGCGAUGGCCUCGCGGAGCGGUGGGAGGAGUGGCAGAAGGUGGAGGUGGUCCGGCAGGAGGCGGAGCUGGCCCCCCGCCACAACGACUGGAUCGUCGACUCGACCUACAAUCUCCGGGCAAUGGAGCUGUCCGGCCCGAGGUAAAAGAAACGAAAGACAAAAUCACAAAGCAUCCAACCUUUGCUCGACGGCUUCCUCGCCCUUGUUUGUGUAUAUGACAGACAGAUCGAUAGCUGGCAAAUCUGGAGGGAAAAAUGGUUUACUUGUAACCCUCCCUGGUGCCUCGGUAAUUUUCAAGUAGGCUCUGCACUUGGUUGUCGUUAGAAAUGCAUGGCCGGGCGGAAUUGCAACACAUUGUUGUGGCGGCUCUGCGUCUGUAAUGGCUGAACAACUGAUGCCUCUCUCUCUGCUGUAUUGUACGUACAACUCUCUCUUUUGACGGUGCUAAACAUCCUAGGCAAUCUUUUUUGGUCUCC